UGUUUGUAGCUGUAGAAAACUUGUAAAGCUUUGUUUAUUUAAUUAUAUACUUCUCAGUCUGUACUUGGUUAGUUUUAGUGCACUUUAGUCGUUGCAUUACAGUGAAUCCAAUAUAAAACCAGAAACAACAUUUUUAAUUUAAAAAAAAACUGAAUUAUUUCUUUUUGCAAUACGUGUGUACACUUCAAUGAUACGAUACAGAGGCCAAGGGUUUUUUUUUGUGCAAUUUUCAGUGUCUGGAUUAUCAUAGAUUUGGAAAUACAUUUUUUUAUUUGUCAUGUCUAAGCCUAAGCUGUUGAUGUUUCGUGAUGAUUAUGCCAAACCUGCAAUGGACAUGCUAAGAAAUAGAUUUAAUAUAGAAAUAUGUAAAACCAGCUACGGAAAAAUGCCCACUACUCAAGACAUCAUCGAUUGUAUUCCAGGAUCAUUUGGAUUAUUUUAUUCAGCAACCAAAGUUGAAAUUUCGGAAGAUAUUCUUAAAGCUGCCGGACCCAAUUUCAAAGUCAUCGGGACAAUGUCUGUAGGCUACAAUCACUUUGAUUUGUUGUUAUUAAAAAAGUACGGAGUUCGUUUGGGUAACACACUAGGAGUUCCAACCGAAGCAAUUGCCGAAUUGACCAUCGGCCUAUUAAUUGCUACAGCGAGAAGAUUUCAGGAAACAAAUCGUGAGCUUAAAACAGGUGGUUGGAAAACAUGGACUCCUGAUUGGUUUUUAGGCUCAGGAUUAGCAAAAUCUACUGUGGGAAUUAUCGGUUAUGGUAACAUAGGGGCCUCUGUUGCUGAAAAAUUAAGUUGUUUUAAAAUUUCUGAACUACUGUAUUACAGCCGGAGUGAAAAACCCGCAGCGAAAGCUCUCGGUGGAAAAUUAGUGUCAGUCGACGAAUUAGUCAAACGUAGUGAUUACAUCAUCAUUAGUGUUGCUUUGAACAAAGAUACCGAAUUCAUUGUGAAUAGAGAUCGAAUUUUCAGUAUGAAACCGACGGCUGUGUUGGUCAAUGUUGGGCGAGGAAAGCUUGUCGACCAAAACGCUCUGACUGAAGCUCUGCAGCAAAAAAGAAUAAGAGGAGCUGGCUUGGAUGUCAUGACACCUGAACCUCCAACACUUGACGACCCAUUAAAGAAGCUCGAUAAUUGUUUUUUAUUGCCCCAUAUCGGCAGUUCCACUUUUGAGACGAGAGUUUCAAUGGCUGUGUUAACGGCAAAGAAUAUUUUGGCAGUUUUAGACAAUACUCCUAUGCCUAAUGAAGUGAAAAUUGAAUGAAUAUAUUUAUAAUAGCAUGGUCAGUGGUGCUCGCAAAAAGACGUCUAAGAAGGUGGUUUGGUUUCAUCUAAAUAUACAGCAAGGGUUAAAACGUGAAUGUGCGACACUGUAUCGACAUUGCAAUAUUUGAAAUAAAAACUUCUAUCUGUAUUUAAA